GGGCCUCCCGGGGCCCGAGUUUCCUGCGCGCGGAGGAGGCCGGGCCGGGCCGCGGGGCCAUGGACGAGCCCCCCGUCCGCGGGUCCGACGACGACGGGGACGACGAGGCGGGGCCCGAGGGCGCGCUGCGCAAGAGCCCGUCGCAGCUGACCGCCGAGGACGUGUACGACAUCUCGUACGUGGUGGGCCGCGAGCUGAUGGCCCUGGGCAGCGACCCCCGCGUCACGCAGCUGCAGUUCAAGAUCGUGCGCGUGCUGGAGCUGCUGGAGGCGCUGGUGAGCGAGGGCUGCCUGGAGGCGGAGGCGCUGCGGCUGGAGCGCGACGCGCUGCAACAGGAGCUGGAGCGGUUGCGGUGCGCGGGCGGCGGCGCGGGCAGCCUGGGCCUGAACAAGAUGGUGGUGGACCUGGCUGACCCUGAGCGGCCGCGCUUCACACUGCAGGAGCUCAGGGAGGUGCUGCAGGAGCGCAACAGGCUCAAGUGCCAGCUGCUAGUGGCGCAGGAGGAACUGCAGUGCUACAGGAGUGGCCUGAUUUCGCCCAGAGAAGGCCCAGGAGGAAGAAGAGAAAAAGAUGCCCUGGCUGCCAGGGCCAGCAGUGCCAGUGGGAGCAAGCAGGAGAAGACCGCUCUGCGCAGGCUGUUCUUUUUCCGGUCGGGGAAGCAGACAUAGACCAAAGGCCGUGACGUUGAUGGCAGCAACUUCUCAGACCCAAGAAGGCAACCUGCUGAUGUCCAGAACGGUCUCAGGGCCACCACAUUGUAUUCUCCUUCCCUUCUCGCCGAGGCUGGGGAGAGAUGGCCCCAAGCUCCAGGGCUGCAGAGCUGGUCAGCCCCAGAGGCUCGGCCCCAGAAUCGUGGAAGCACUUCAAAGCCCCCACAACAAGGAACCCCGAUGCUCCCGGGGCCGUGCUCUGAGGCGGCAAGGCAGCUGGCAGCCUGGGUCGGAAGGCAGGGCGCAGCUACUGACGUUGCAGGGGUGCUUUCCCCACGCUUAAUAAUUAUUCCAUCUUGCUAAUGUGACUUUCUCUACAUGGGUUUUGUAU